CUUGUGUUGGAUUCGCAGCACUUACGCCGUUCCGGUAGGGUAACGGGCGUCGGGCAAGAAGAGAGAGAGAGAGAGAGAGAGUUUAGAGAGAGAGAAAAUGGAUGCUCUGAUAGCCUCGUACGGAGACACCUCCUCCGACUCCGAUUCAGGCUCAGAUUAUCUCCCACCAUCGGCCUCCAAUUCCAAUUCCAAUCCCAAGGCAUUAAACCCUUUGCCUCCACCUCCUCUUGACCUCCUCACUCCUCCCAAUUCUCUCGGUACUUUAGCCCAAUUGCAAAGUGGUCAGUCGAAUCGGAUUCGGAGCUUCCCUCACGUUGAAGGAAACUAUGCAUUACAUGUCUACAUUCCAGUCCAUAUACCUUCUACACCAAUGAAGGAGCUGACCCUGUUUCUAAAGAAGGUCUCAUCUCUUGUACCUGGUUUGAAUGCCAUUGACGUCGACGUCCCACUCAAUAUGCUUUGCAGUGAUGAUCUCAAGCUCGAACAGGUUGCCUUGGGGAGAGAAUUCCAUAUAAGUUUGGGAAGAACUGUUCCAAUUCGAGUGCACCAAAUUGACUCAGUGGUGUCAAUGCUUCGUCAGAAGCUUCAGUGUCAAAGGUAUUGGAUUGAUUUUAGUAAGUUGGUCGUUUUUGUUAAUGAUGAUCACACGCGUUCAUUUAUCUCAAUUGAAGUUAUAACAGGAGGGUUAGCUGAGAUAACAAAGCAGAUACAAGCUGUUAAUGAAGUCUAUAAGCUUCACAAUCUACCUGAAUUUUAUGAGGAUCCACGCCCUCAUAUAUCUAUAGCUUGGGCAUUGGGUGAUAUCAGUGAUAUAUUGAAGAGAGUGCUUGAAGAAGAAGUGAAGAGAUGCACUAUGGCAGGGGGAUAUGUGCAGAAACGCUUAUUUACCUGCAAAUUUAGCGGCAUCGACUGUAAGAUAGGCAAUAAAACAUAUAAAAUAUGUAAAGUCCAAGAAGAAUAUUAAAACCUAAUAUUAUUUCUGAAUUUCAGAAUAUUGUAUCCUUAAUUACCUAUUUAGAUUAUUUUGUUGGAAA